AUGGUCUUCCUGACCUUGUCCAGAUGGAUUAGAAGCCGUGGACCUGACCGAUACUGGAAGGUUCAAGAACUUCUCAAGCAUGCACGGCACUUCAGAGGCAGAAAGAAUCGCUGUUACAGUCUGGCCGUACGGGCUGUCAGGAGGGCGUUUGUCUACGCGACCAAAGGACGCAGGCUGAAGAAACGCAAUUUUAGAUCGCUUUGGAUCACACGCAUUGCUGCAGCCUCCCGAGAGCACGGCAUGAAAUAUCCUGUUUUCAUGAACAACCUAACAAAGAGUAGCGUUCAGCUCAACCGACGGGUUAUCAGCGACUUGGCCAUAACGGAACCUCGGUCAUUCCUCUCCCUUGCAAAGCUGGCCAGGGCUCGGCAGCAAGAAGGCUUCGUUGCAGCGCUGGGUGAUGGCAAAGAACCUCCCGGUAUUUUCUCCCGUGUUGUUGUGCAACAAUGA